AUGGCCGAAGAUGGACUGAAGCGACCGAGAGAGGAGGAGGAGUCGGACGAGGAGAUUGGUGGAGAUGACUCAGACGAUGACAUUGGACCAUCUAUUCCAGGCGCCGGCGAGAAGAAGGUGCAUAAGAAGAAGAAGCUCGCGCACGAGAAGCUCUACCUCGACAACCUGCCUGAGGCUGACCGGUAUUGGAAGAGUUUCAUGCACCGCGACUCGAUCAACUUUGUAACGAUGACGAAAACGAACUUCCUGAUCACGACGUCAGUCGAUGGACAUCUGAAGCUGUGGAAGAAGCAAGAGUCGGGCAUCGAAUUUGUAAAGCACUACCGGACAUCGCUUCGGGCAAUUGUGUCCGUCAGUGCGAGCGCGGACGGAGCCAUGUUCGCCUCAGUCUCGGAAUCGGCGAAGGGGGGCCCCGGUGGAGAGGGAAGGGUGUUCGACGUUGUCAACUUUGACAUGAUCAACAUUCUCAAGUUUGAUUUCACGCCGAAAGCUGUCUGUUGGGUGCAUGAGCCGGGAUCGGGCUCGACUCUUCUCGCCGUUAGCGAUGUUGACUCGCCCAAGAUCCGGAUAUACGACGGACGCGGAGACGGCAAGCCGCUGCAUGUGCUAGAGAAGAUUCACCGCGCACCGGUUCACCUGAUGGAGUACUGUGCAAAGUACGACUGCGUCGUGUCGGCCGACGAGGCGGGCUUCGUCGAGUACUGGCAACCGAGCGAACCGUGGGGUCUCCCCUCUGUGCCGGGAAUGUGGCAGUACAAGAGUGCGACGGAUCUGUUCCACUUCAAGAAGACGAAGAGCAUCCCGACUUCUGUCACCUUCUCCCCGGACGGCAACCACUGGGCGUGCCUUGCGCUGCCGUCGCGUACUGUGCACGUCUUCAACACGCUGACCGGCAAGCUGACGCGGACGUAUGAUGAGUCGCUCUCCGCUGUCGAGGAGAUGCAGCAGGCUGGCACAGCGGUGUUCAAGCUUGAUGAUAUGGACUUUGGACGUCGAUUGGCGGUCGAACGCGAACUUGACGCGAGCGAGAGUGGACCAGGCGGAGCGCUCCGUACAGCCAACGCCGUGUGGGACGAGUCUGGCUCCAUGCUGCUCUACGCCACGAUGCUGGGUAUCAAGGUCGUGAACACCGUUACGAACACGGUCGCACGCGUGAUCGGAAAGGAUGAAACGCUGCGGUUCCUCAAUCUGGCACUGUUCCAGGGCGCGCCGCUGAAGCAGGUGCAGACGUUGGCCAUGGCGGCGUCGUCCAACCCGCUGCUGGAGGAGAAGGCCGCGCGCGACGACACGUUGUUCGCGACGGCGUACCGCAAGCAGCGAUUCUACAUGUUCGGCCGCGGGCACGAGGACGACGCACGCGGCGAGCGUGACGUCUUCAACGAGCGCCCGACGCACGAAGAGCGCACCGUCGUCAUUGAGAAGAAGCAGGAGAAGAAGGCUCUCCCGACAGCAGCGACGAUCCACACCAACAUGGGCGACAUCCGCCUCGAGCUGUACCCGAACAUUGCGCCAAAGACGGUUGAGAACUUUGUCACCCACGCCAAGAACGGGUACUACAACAAUGUCAUCUUCCACCGCAUCAUCAAGAAGUUUAUGAUUCAAGGUGGAGACCCCACGGGCACCGGCAGCGGGGGCGAAAGCAUCUGGGGUGGCGAGUUCGAGGACGAGUUCUCGCCUCUCGGUACGCACGACCGACCGUACACGCUGUCGUCGGCGAACGCGGGGCCGAAUACGAACGGCUCCCAGUUCUUCAUUACGACGGUCGCAACGCCGUGGCUGGAUAACAAGCACACCAGGCACAUCCUCGGCUACUACGGAGCGAAGAGUAUGGUCCCAGAAAGCAGCUGCUCUAGAAGGGACGGCUGCACCGCAUGCGGUAACGAUGCUGCGGACCCCGGCGCCUCCGUUUCAGGAUGA